CCGCCGAGGUCCGUCGAAGAGGAAACCCUAAUCGAGCCCCGGGAGCAAAUGGCGAAGUCGCUGCGGUCGAAGAGGAAGAAGAGGCUGCGCACGUUGAGGAGGGAGAUCUCGGAGCCCUUCUACGAGAAGAAGGAGGCGGCCAAGCUCGCCGCUCAGGAGGCCGCGCUCGCCGCCCCCAAGCUCCCCGUCAAAGCCCCCGUCGCCUCUGAUGAACCCGCGGCCGAGUUAGCCUCCUCCAUGGAUGUUGAAAUGGGUGACGGAGGAAGUUCUCAUGAUCAGUCCAAGUCACUUCUGAAGCCCAUUGGUGGUAUAGGGAAGAAAAUGCUAAAGAAGAAACUAAAGCUAAAAGGCAAGAAACGUGGUAAAGGGAAAGGGAAGAUCAGCAAACGCAAGAUAUAACUAUGCUUUUAAUUGGCAAUCUGGAGUUGGGUUGGGGUUUCAAACUUCUAUUUCAAUCCCCACUGCGUUGCUCUCUGGUUAGGCUUUCUUUGGACGAUGAUAAGAUGCUUUUACAGAAUCAUUUUUAAUCGAUUAAAUCACUGUAUGCUGCAUAUUUUUCUACACAGCAUCUAUAAGCCAAAUUUUGUUUGAGUGGAUAAUGACCUAUGUAAAUUGGACUCUGCUUAGUUUCAUUACCAAAUAGUAGUUGUGGUGUUCUUGUGUGCUUUCUCA